GGGCGGCGCGCGGCCUAACGGCAGUGGCGGAGGCGGCGGUGGCGCUGGUGUCUCCGAGAGCGGUACGUCUGCAGUUCCCGUGGCGGCGCCUGCGAGGAACUCGGGCUGUGGGCCGAGGCGGGCGGCGCACGGCGGGCGACGCUCUGCGAUGGUGGGCGUCCCUGGAGCGGCCGCCUUCCAGUUUGGUUCUGAUAAAAGGGUCCCAGCAAUGCCUGGAUCGCCUGUGGAAGUGAAGAUACAGUCAAGAUCCUCACCUCCCAUCAUGCCACCCCUCCCACCAAUAAAUCCUGGAGGACCGAGGCCAGUGUCCUUUACUCCUACAGCAUUAAGCAAUGGCAUCAACCAUUCUCCUCCUAACCUGAAUGGUGCACCAUCCCCACCACAAAGAUUCAGCAAUGGUCCUGCCUCUUCCACAUCAUCAGCACUCACAAAUCAGCAAUUGCCAGCCACUUGUGGUGCUCGACAACUCAGCAAGUUGAAACGGUUUCUUACAACACUGCAGCAGUUUGGUAAUGACAUCUCACCUGAGAUUGGAGAGAAGGUUCGGACACUUGUCCUAGCACUGGUGAACUCAACAGUGACUAUUGAAGAAUUCCAUUGCAAGCUCCAAGAGGCCACAAAUUUUCCUCUUCGUCCUUUUGUGAUUCCAUUUCUCAAGGCCAACUUACCCCUGCUGCAGCGAGAACUGCUGCACUGCGCUCGGGCUGCCAAGCAGACCCCGUCCCAGUACCUGGCCCAGCACGAACACCUUCUGCUUAACACCAGUAUCGCAUCUCCUGCCGACUCUUCUGAGCUGCUCAUGGAGAUGCACGGAAAUGGGAAGAGGCCUAGUCCAGAGAGGAGGGAAGAAGGUAAUUUUGAUAGAGAUACCAUUCCUCCUGAACCCCCUGCCAAGAGAGUGUGUACCAUCAGCCCUGCUCCUCGGCAUAGUCCUGCCCUCACUGUGCCCCUUAUGAAUCCUGGUGCCCAGUUCCAUCCUACUCCUCCACCUCUUCAGCACUACACCUUAGAAGAUAUUGCAACUUCCCACCUGUAUCGGGAACCCACCAAGAUGCUAGAACAUCGAGAAAUUCGUGAGAGGCACCACAAUCUCGGUCUAAAUGGAGGCUAUCAGGAUGAAUUGGUAGAUCACCGUUUGACUGAGAGGGAGUGGGCUGAUGAAUGGAAACAUCUUGACCAUGCCCUGAAUUGCAUAAUGGAAAUGGUGGAAAAAACCAGGCGCUCCAUGGCAGUUCUCAGGCGCUGUCAGGAAUCUGAUCGGGAAGAACUGAACUACUGGAAAAGACGAUUUAAUGAAAAUACAGAGUUGAGGAAAACAGGGACUGAGUUGGUCUCCAGGCAACACAGCCCCGGGAGUGCAGAUUCUCUAAGUAGUGAUUCUCAGCGGGAAUUCAACAGUAGACCUGGAACAGGAUAUGUACCUGUGGAGUUCUGGAAGAAAACAGAAGAAGCUGUGAAUAAGGUGAAAAUUCAGGCCAUGUCCGAAGUACAGAAGGCCGUUGCCGAGGCUGAGCAAAAAGCAUUUGAAGUGAUUGCAACAGAGAGAGCUCGAAUGGAGCAAACCAUUGCAGAUGUCAAACGACAGGCUGCAGAGGAUGCCUUCCUCGUCAUCAAUGAGCAAGAGGAGUCCACGGAGAAUUGCUGGAACUGUGGCCGCAAAGCUAGUGAGACAUGCAGUGGCUGCAAUAUUGCACGGUACUGCGGCUCUUUCUGCCAACACAAGGACUGGGAGCGGCACCACCGCCUCUGUGGCCAGAGCCUUCAUGGCCAGAGUCCCCACAGCCAGAGCCGGCCACUGCUACCCGGAGGGAGGAGCUCCUCAGCCAGGUCUACUGACUGCAGUGUGCCCAGCCCAGCCCUGGACAAGACCUCAGCCACCACCUCACGUUCCUCAACACCUGCCUCUGUGACAGCCAUUGACAGCAAUGGGCUCUGAGCUCGACUCCACUGACCCUGAUGCCCACUCCACACAACAGAUCAUUGCAUGGGGGUUGGCUGUUGGAACAUGUAGCUGGGUCAUCAGGAGGAAAUGAAGUGGCAACGGGAAGCAUCCAAGCAAUGCCCCCCCAGUCUCCCUGGGACUUGCUGUCUGUGUCCCUGAUGGAACUAAUAUGCCAUUCUCUGCACACAGGCAACCUGCUUGAGCUUCUCCUCCAAGAUUUCUGGUGUGCUCCUCUCCCACUGAAACAGCCCUUUGCUGUGUAGACCACCAGCUCCCCUGCCUCUGUGAGUCAGCAGACUGUCAGUGUGCCCAGCCAGGCUGGCAGCAGCUCACCUACCUACAGGCCUUGUGCAGUGGAAGCCUGGAGGCUGGCAGCAGACUGAGGAGGAGGUUCCCUUGCCCCGAAGAGCUCCUAGAGCCCCAUUUCCACUCUCAGCAGUGAUGCUGAUUGGCCUGUUGGGGACUUGGGUAGGCAGCAAGCAGUACUCAGGACUCCCUCCUCAACCCUCCUGUUCCGACUUGUUAAGCUCAGAAACAACAGGAAAGAAACCACCACUUUAAUAAAAGCACCAUAAUAAUAAAAAGAAAUAAGUAAAUCUU